GAAGAUACAGCAAUUAUUGUAAAUAUCAUUAAUGUACAAAAUAAUACUGAAAACAUUAACGGUUUCUUUUUUUCUCUUUUUUUCUUUUACAGAUUCAGUAAAAAAAAAGAAAAAAGUGUCUAUUAUUGAGAAUGAGUUGCUGACCCUGAUAACGGAGGACGACGACAACCCAGAAUGGUUUACAACACUCAGCAACAGUGUCUCCACCAAUGAUUAUUUCCAUGCUUUGAAAAGUUCAAACCAUUUCUACCUUGUGCCUCGAUUAUUCAAGCUGCUACAGGAAUGUCUCGUUACACAGAGAUGGUCUGAGGCACUGAAGGUUAUGAACGCCAUUGCCACUGAACCAUUACACACAUCUAACACAAUAUGGCGGGCUGGAAUGGAAAUUUUGUAUGCUAAUCCAUCUGGUAAUAUGAGUCUCAUAGGACAACUUACCAAUCAGCUGAAGGUUCUGUCCGACAUCAAUGGUAAAGAGGUUGUGCUGGAGUACUUCAUGUACCUGCUCACACAGGGACACCUGGACGAUGCAAAGAAGGCAAUUCAGAGUGCCAAUACCAUAAAGCGACAUGGACAGAAGUCUAAUGAGAAGUCGAACUAUAUUAACACUUUACUGAGGGCCUACCAAGGUCUUGUGUGGUAUGUGGAGUGGCUCAUGAGUAAACAGAGGCAUGAAUUUCAGACCACACAAGACAGAGAUAAUCCGGGUUUAGUAGGUGUGAUGAGUCACAUUAACUAUGAAGAAAAAAUGAAACUGCAAGCCACCAAGGCUGUCACCUGUUUUCAGUCAGUCAUUAAUGGUCCCGGAGUCUGGGAUAUUUUUAUAACCAAGUACAUUGAGCUGCUGGAGUACAUGCAAGAUGAAGAAAAGGCUCACAAUGUGUUGUUGUCAUACUGCGAGAAGAAUGAAGAUAAUCCGAAUGCGUAUUGCUACUUGUAUGAGUUUCAGAUACGACAGGGGGAAUCUGAUGAUCAAGUCAUAAAAACUCUAUCAUUGCUGGCAGACAAAGAUCCAUCAAACAAGCUUGUUUUAGAUCUGUGUAAUCUUAUUAAAGACACCCCAAAGGAAGUCGAACAUUUGUUUAAUUUAUUGGAUUAUCCCAUGUGGAAUGAAACUUUGCUACCAUGGCAACAGUUGCUGUCUUUUUUAGAAAACAUAAAAUCAAGACCAAGUUUAAAGGUCUUGGAUCAGUGUUGGAACAUGCGCAAAGACUGGUGGCCAAACUAUGUGUGGAACAAAGAUGGCAUCUCGACUAUGGACAGAGAAGUGAUGAUCAACAAGGCACUAGUAGCCUCUGCUCUUUUGGGAAGAGAAAAUGCUUUCACAGAAGCUGUGUUGCUAGUUGUGGAUGAGGAGGAUAAACCGAGGUUGCUUGAGAAAGUCUUCACAAGUGAUCUGUUGUCGGGGAUCACAUGACUAACUGGUCGUGUACAUGUACAAACAAAAACAACCACAAUGUUCAUAUAGCACAUGAUGCUCCCACCUACUUGGGGUAAUACAGUGUUCCACAGAACAACCUCAUAAUGUGAUAUAUAUCACACGAUUCUCCAGUUUGUCUUUCAACAGACCGCUUCAUGAAAUGUGAAGUCUGCAGUCAAGUGUUCUUGGUUACUUGUUACAACACACCACCUCUGGUCUGAUGCAAAAACUACAACCUUACAGGACAAUGACAUGCUGUGUGGCCUAUUAACUGGUUUCUAAGUAUAUAUGCCACAUACAAAUCGGGCACUGAUGAUUAAGUAAUGAGAUUGAUAUGAAGUCACUAAAUAAAGACAUUUCUGGUGAUUUCUUUGAUGAACUACGAUCCACCUUGUUAAUUUGAAGUGUUGAUUUGUAUUUAACACAUGGAAAUAAGUAAUGUGUUAUAAACCAACAUAAAGAAGUUAAUAUUUCA